AUGUUUAAUUCUACCCUACAUACAUUUGCAGUCCUACUGCUUCUGCUACCUACAGUUCUUGCAGCAUCAAAAGCAUAUGUAGAACUGGUCAAUGGAACACCAUACGACUGGCACUUGAUAUCUAAUGAAACACAUCACAUGAGAUGGUUUCCCAAUACCACGAUUCCAUCUGGCACCAGCGCCGAAUCCUGUAUCUCAUGGAUUCUAUAUCUACGGGACGCAAAGGCUGAAGCAACAUAUCGUAUCGAUAAUCCUUCAUCCCCUGAAUCUUUCACCGUCCGAGCCCGUCGGAAUCCAACCAAAAUCGAGGUUGUCUAUCAUGAAAACCUCUCCUCUCUCAACAAUCCCAAAAAUUCAAUCAUCGACCUGGUUUACAGCAAAAAUCAUCCGCAUCCAUUCAUUCUCGCAGGAAACGGUAUCUCAACCCCCUAUGUCAGCUCUAACCCUCCAAUCCCCUGGAUGCAAAGUACGAUUUCCACUCUCUCCUCAAGACCUCUCCGUCAAAUCAGUAUGCCCAUGGCUCACAAUGCGGGCGCUAAUAUCGUAAGCGAUUCACUAAAAGGACCAGGCACAUUACACAACACACAAACACAAUUCAAUUCCGUAUUUAUGCAACUAAUUUUCGGAGCCCGCUGGUUAGAUAUACGACCUGUGUUUUAUGAAGGGAAAUGGAUGACUUACCAUAGUACAUUUGCCUCAGGGAAGAUGUGGGGUGCCACGGGUCAAAGUAUCGAGAGUGUAAUUGAAGAUGUGAAUAGAUUUACAAAAGCACACCCCGGAGAACUCAUCGUGCUUGAUAUAUCACAUGAUGCAAGCAAUGCGUGGAAAUGGAGGAAAUGGAGGAAAUUUGAUGCGAUUGAUUGGAUGAAGCUUUUUGAGUUAUUGAGUGGUAUUCGUAAUGCGUGGCAGGAACCACGGAGAUUGGGUUGGGAUUUGUCGCUUUUACCUUUUGACACUUUUGUGACGAAGGGGGGUAAUAGUACGGUUCUGGUGAGGAUUCCUUGCGAUGCACAGAUACCGGUUUCGAUGUUGCCUGGGAGGGGAAAAAGAGAUACAAAUACCACCCUGGCAGCAUCUUCAGCUGGCUGCGAUUCUGUCAGUUUUGAUGAUUAUCUUGCACCCUUGAACACCACAGGUUCGCUCGAAUCACAAGAGUUGUCUUCUUCCCCUAUUGAUAAGCGGAAAAUAUCUAAAAUUCCUGGUGGCAUUCUGCCUGACCCUCUCUCCCGCCGCACCGACUACAAAAUGACCUUCACUCCCCUCCCCGCGACCCGCCUCCCCGUAACCGGGCACAACUCCGCCACUGACUCUCCUUCCCAUCUAGCCUCCUCCCAACUCCACCUCCUCUCCCUACACAAAUCCUCUCCCGCCAUUACCCCACAAACCCCGCACAAAUGCAUAAAUCAUCCUGGAUUCUCUUUCAACCGUCUACGUUCCAGGCUGAUGUCGGUAAUUGGUGGAGUUCUAUACUUGGGUACGCGAUAUUGGCGCAGCGGAGCUUGUUUAGGAAUUUUGGAGGACUUGUACAGGGAAGAGGGAAAUCAGGAAAGCCGAAUUUGA